AUGAACGAGGUUCAGAGCUCCGACCCAGUGGACCCGCUGCAGGGUUACACAGGCCUCGCCGUCUUCCCAAAUAGCGGGAAAAUCUUACCGGACAAUUCCAAGCCCUACGACAUCGGCAACGACCUCCAAACCAUCCAUACUCAACUCAAGUCCGCGGCCUUACAACAGAGUCCAACUAAACUUAAAGAUCAGGCGAAAAACAUUGUAAGUGGUACUUCGGAAAUUCCGAAGUCUGUUAAUCCACAAGCAUUGAAACAGAAAGAUGCAGCUGUUCCUGAAAUGGCUGAAGAAAAUCCCCGACAGCAAAGACGAGCCUUGGGUCGUAAACGGGCUCGUUUCUCUGUGAAGCCUAAUUCCAGUCAACCUGCUAUGAGUCUGCUACCACCUUUGGAUAUCAAAAACUUGAAAGACACUGAGGAAUUAUGGACAGCCUAUGAAAGGCAUGAGAAUGCUAAAAAAGAAAUAGAGAAGCAGAUGGGUGGUGCUGUGUUGGAUGCAGAUCAGCAAAAUCCAACCCCGAUUAAACGGAGCCGUCAACCAGGAAUUUUGGGGAGGUCAGCUAAAUAUAAGCCUCUCUAUCCAUCGACUGAUGCUGAAACUAGUGAGAAUGGUGAAACCUCUCAAGAUAUGCUUGAAACAAGCAUUCACAGUCCAUUGAAUCACAGCUCACAAGCAGAAAACAAAGAUGUUGCAUUGGAGGAGGUGGAUUUGGCUGGUGCAACAGCUAAGGCAGAUAAAGAACUGGGUGAAAUUUUACAUGACCUGCUGUCUAAAAAUUGUGAAGAUCUAGAAGGGGAUGGGGCGGUCAGUCUUUUACAGGAGCACUUGAAGAUCAAGCCUAUUAAAAUGAAGAAAUUAAGCCUCCCAGAAUUCCCAAGUAUCCGCAAGGUUGAUUAUAGGUCUUCAAGAACAACCUUGCCAAAGCCUACAAAUGUCUUGACAGACAUAGAUAACUUGGUUAAAGGGAUGCGCAGUAAAACACCUGCUAAGCGCAAACAGGGGGCAGAAGGGUCUAUUCAUUUAGCUUCUCCAACACCACCAAAGAGCCCUUUUGCUUCAAUUUCGGCCCUAAAGAAGAGGAUUUUACAGUCAAAUCCAUCAAGCGAUCCAUUUUCAGCUGAUGAUAUUGAUAGGUUUCUAGAGACAAAUCCUUCUUUAGUUGAGAAUGGCAACAAACAAUCUGAGCUGGUUGACAUAAGAGAGCAGGCGACCGUUUCUGAUGAGUUGAAGUUAAUUAAACAAACUGAUAAUUUUGAAGUCCCGACAGGUUCACCUGAAGUGGCUAUUGAAGAAUUCAGUCAUGCAUUUGAAAGAUCUAUGAGUGAAGAUUCAAGUAAACAUGGUGAGAGUAUUGAUGUUGGCUCAAGUAGAUCUCAUCUUGAAAUGGAGGAUAACAUUGGAAGCAACAAUAUGGAUAACAGGGUUAUGGAUGGUACAUUAAGUAGGCCUGAUGCUGACACAGAUACUUGGGAAAAUGGGGCCAAUGAUGGGGACAAGUUGGAAGACACACCGGAGGAAGCACUGGAUAGCGCAGAGCCUGAACUUAAUGUGUCAGUGUCAACUUUGGAAAAGUCGAACGGCACUCAGAAUGAAUUAGAUCAAUUACAUUCAACAGAAGUUGAGGAGCAUCCAACAGAUGAUCUCUCCAGAAACCUAGACACUGGUCCAGAGACACACAACGAGAGAAUACAAGAGCAUUCUGGAGCAUCAUUGAAUAAACAGAUCAAAGCAAACUCACGUCCACGCAGAAAGCAGAAGAGUCAAGAAGUUUCUAAAAGGCAUAGUCGAGCAGCAGCAGUUGAUGAGGAUCCAGCGGAUGGUCGGUCCAGAAACCUAGACAGUGGUUCAGAGACACACAAUGAGAUAAUGCAAGAGCCUUCUGGAGCAUCAUUGAAUCAACAGAUCAAAGCAAACUCGCCUCAGCAAAGAAAAUGGAAGAGUAAAGAAGUUUCUAAAAGGCAAAGUCUAGCAGGGGCUGGUACAUUGUGGCAAUCUGGGGUAAGGCGAAGCACGAGGAUCAAGACUAGACCUUUGGAGUUUUGGAAAGGGGAACGGUUGUUAUUUGGACGUAUACACGAGAGUCUGCCAACAGUAAUUGGGAUGAAGUACGCCUCUCCAGGAAAGGGUGACGGAAAAGCCCCUCUGAAGGUGAAGUCCUUUGUGUCUGAUAAAUACAAAGAGCUUGUUGAGCUAGCAGCUUUGCAUUGA